AUGGCCACGUCCAACCUGAGUAGCUACAACACCGGCCCCUUCACCCUUUCAGGCAUCCCUGGACUUGAGCAGUACCAUGUCUGGAUCAGCAUCCCCUUCUGCUUUGUUUAUUUUGUGGCCAUCAUGUGCAAUAGCAUUCUUCUCUAUCUCAUUGUGGUGGAUCACAGUCUUCAUGCACCCAUGUUCUUUUUCCUUUCUAUGCUGGCCUUGACAGAUCUCAUACUGUCCACUACAUGUGUCCCCAAAACCCUUAGCAUCUUCUGGUUUGGUCCCCAGAAAAUCAGUUUUCCUGGCUGUCUCACCCAAUUAUUCUUUUUGCACUACAGUUUUGUCCUGGACUCAGCUAUACUGCUGGCCAUGGCGUUUGACCGCUAUGUGGCCAUCUGCUCUCCUUUGAGAUACACCACUAUUUUGACGCCCAAAGCCAUUGUCAAAAUUGCUGUGGGAAUCUCUUUACGAAGUUUCUGUGUUUUUGUCCCGUGUGUUUUCCUGGUGAAUCGUCUACCUUUCUGCAGGGCACACCUCAUACCUCACACCUACUGUGAGCACAUAGGUGUUGCCCGACUCGCCUGUGCGGACAUCUCCAUCAACAUCUGGUAUGGUUUUUCUGUUCCCAUCAUGACAGUGAUUAUAGAUGUGAUCCUAAUUGCUGUCUCCUACACCCUCAUCCUCUCUGCUGUUUUCCGCCUCCCUUCCCGAGAUGCCCGUCAGAAGGCCCUUGGCACCUGUGGGUCCCAUGUCUGUGUCAUCCUCAUGUUCUAUAUUCCGGCAUUCUUCUCCAUCCUCGCCCAUCGCUUUGGACAUAAUGUCCCUCGUACCUUUCAUAUUAUGUUUGCUAACCUCUACGUGAUUAUUCCGCCUGCACUCAACCCUAUUGUCUACGGAGUAAAGACCAAGCAGAUCCGGGACAAAGUUUUAAAUUGGCUGUUAGAUUUGUAA